UAAGAAAACUAUAAAAAAAAAAAAAUAGGGAGGAAAAAGAAACAAAAAUAGGAAUGGAGGAAACGGAGAAAGAAAUUGAAUCGAUGAGAGCAGCUUCGGAAGAGGUGUCUCGUCAGUUCAAAACCCUAAUCGAUGCCAAUGAUUUGGACUCUCUCAAGCAUUUGCAGCUCCUCAUCUUGGGAAGGCUACAAGACAGCAACGCGGUCUUAUCUCAUUUUAAUGAGUACUCAGAACAUUGCUUUGCUGAGGUUUCUAGUGACUUUUCAAGGAAUGCUCGCAUGUUAAAGUCUAUGAAAUCAGACCUUGAUUAUAUCUUUCAAAAGCUUAGGAGCAUGAAGGCAAAAAUUAUGGCUACCUAUCCAGAUGCAUUUCCAGAUGAAUCAACUAGGGAGGUAUUUGACCAAAGACCGGACCUAGAAGUGCCUCAAUAGCUUUGCUACGGAAAGGGAUAUCUCCAGGUUUGCCUGAGCUUAAUUCCCUCUCUGAGGCUGUAUUAAAGACACACUUUGCACAUUGGUUAGCUGCAUUUAAGACUUUGUUAUUGUAGUGCUUUCUACAUGGAUUGAAUCUUCCUUGACGAGGAUAAUGAGCUCUUCCCUUGUUGCAAUUAUGAUAUUCACUUCCACAAUGGUUGUAUGCUGUUUAUGGUAUUUCCCUUUGUAUUGGUUGUAUAUGUGUAAUGUAAGGAAAGAAAAUUGGGAAACAGAGAAAGCAUUUUGUUUUACUA